AUGUUACUUGUCGCUGUUCGCGCGGUCCUGCUGCUAUUGUUGACCGACCAAACGCAGACGGCGUAUGCAUCUGCCAAGUCUGAAUCCGGAUCGCAGGUGAUCCCAACCCAGCAAGCAGCAGUUUCUCAGAAUGUGAAGUUCAACCUUCCCACACAGCGGACCUUUCUCCUCAACAUCCCUAGCAGUUAUGACAAAGAGACUGCCUAUCCCUUGGUGCUGUCGUUUCACGGAGCCGGCGGCAACAGCAAAAAGCAGCAGCGUAUCACCGAGCUGUCCGAUCCAUCGCUGCGCAUUGCCGGGAUGCCAUUCCUGACGGCCUACGGCCAGGGCGUCAACAAUACGGAAUGGGGCAUGAAGCACAUCUGGAAGGGAGCCCCAUACGAGAACAAGACUGUGGAUGACAUUGCCUAUGUACACGACAUGAUCGAGACCGUGGCUGCCAGCUACAACGUCGACCGUUCCCGCAUCUACGCCUGCGGCAAGUCCAACGGUGGCGGCUUCACGGCGCUGCUGGCCUGCCGACCCGACACGUCAGCUGUCAUCGCGGCGUUUGCGCCCAUCUCGCCGGCCCUGUACCAGGGCACCUUUGCGUUUUACAACUGCUCGCCGGCCGGGCCGGCUCCCAUCCUGCACGCCCACGGGGUCGAGGAUCGCAUCACCGAGUUCCACGGCCGCACGCCGCUCGGCGGCUCGUUUGGCCCUGAGCCCGACGUCCGCAUCUGGCGUCGCGAAUGGGCUGAGCGCAAUGGCUGCCGCGCCGCGUCUUACCCGGGCGCCUAUCCUCUGCCGGCCGUGAGCGAGGUGCAUCCGGGCGCCUGGGAGGAGGUUUGGGACUGUCCGGCUAGCGGCGAGGUGCGCGCGCUCACCGUCGAGGGUCUCGGCCAUGCUUGGCCAUCCACACUCGGCCUCGACCGCGCCGGCAAGCCCAACCAGACGGCCAACUUCAACUUCACCAGCCAGCACCUGGUGCAAUUCUUCUCGCGACACCGGCUGGUCGUGUCCAAGGACGUUGAAAAGACGAGGGUAACAGAGAAACAGGAACUGAAAUGA